AUGAUGAUGUUAAAGCCCCUGACUGGAAUUGCAAUUGGAGCUGCAGUUGCACUGUUGCUUAUAGCAGUUGUUGUGUUUGUGGUGUACAGAAGAGUGAGACAGUCCAAACAACUCCAGCCCCACGUGCCUCAGUACAGGUUCCGCAAGAGGGACAAAGUGAUGUUCUACGGGAGGAAGAUCAUGAGGAAGGUGAGGGCACCUGCUGAAAUCCAGUGUAAAGCUGGGAGGUGUAAAGUUUGCAGCACUUGACUGGCUGAGCCUGGCCCAGGGCCU